UCUCUAUUACUUAAAGCCGACCAGGCCAUCUAGCUUCCAUCUAUCUUCUUCCUCCUCUUAGCUAUAUAUAUCUACAGGACCGACCGGCGGCGGCGGAGGAAGGUGGCCGGCCGGCGGCGUGUCGGCCGGCGUCUCUGCCGUUGUCGUGUGCUUUCAAUUCGUUUCUUCUGAAUCAUCGAAUAGUUGGAGCAUGAGAGGAGAGUUUCAGGCUGCCCUAUUAUUUUCACCCGAUUCACUACAUUAUUAUCACGGAUUAUUUCUCCAUACCUCCAAAGAUAAGUAUUUCCCGUAGAACUUUAUUCUAUUGUAUUAUUUAAUCCAUAUUUUCUAAGCUUGUUUAGUUUAUUCUUAGAACUAAUUAAUUUAUUUCUGAAAUUAAAUAGAUAAUAGUCAUUUUUAUCAAUGAAUAAUUUAUAUUGUAGUUAUAGUAUGAUCAUAGUGAAAUUAUAUUACAAUAUACUAUUAUAGUAUUGUUACAUUCGAAAGUUUUUUUAAUUAUUUUUUGUAAGAGAGUCCCUUAUUUUAAUAAAAAGAGUUGGUUUAGCCCCAAAUAAAUUGGGAUCCGAUUUGUUUGUGUUUUUAUUUCUAAAUUAUUUUAGUGCAAAUUUCAUGGCAGCCUGGCCUGAAAUACUAGGCCCAACACCCCUUGCUGGGCCAAAGCGUAGGCAAUAAUUUCCAGCCCAAAAGAAGCUGAGCUCAGAGCCCGGCCCGACAAAUGGUCAUCCCUGGUGGCUCAAGACACGUCAUUCCGUUUCCCCUUAAAUAGAAAGAAAGGAAGAAAGAAAGAAAAGAAAGAAAUAACGGAAUGGGACGCCAUGGCACACAAGCUAAAAAUGGCCCGAUGCAGGAAGAAUUCUCCGGUUUCCUGACAAGACGCGACAUCAUAGAAACCGCAACAAACUGCUGCAGUUGAAGAGACUAGAGAGGGUUUCCUCUCUUCAACAAUGGAGACAACCAGAGGAGGCAGGUAGCCGAUGACGUCUCCUCCAGAAUUAGGCCCUAGAGUUUGGUUUCUCCAGGAGGACAAAGAGUAGUUGAGACAAAUGGCGUCUGGUUUGGCGAAUGGAGUGGCGUUCUGCGUGUUUAUAAGGUGGGAAAGAUGCAAGAUAAGGGAUUUACUAUUCUGGAAGAUGAGGGGAUUUUAGCUUUGUUUUUGCAGCCUCUCCUUCGGAUCCCGGGGCACAGGGGUUCUGAAGCCUAAACCCUUCAACAUCGAUCUUCACAAGCUGAUCAGUUGAAGGAGAUGUCUGUCCAGGAGGAUGGCGCAGCCAGGCCGGAGCCGGACGUUCUCCGGCGCCAUGACUCGCUCUACGGCGACGCCGAGAAGGUCUCCAACAACAAGCGCCAUGGCGCCGGGGGAAGCUGGGCGCGGACGCUGCAGCUGGCGUUCCAGAGCAUCGGCGUGGUGUACGGCGACGUCGGGACGUCGCCGCUGUACGUCUACUCCAGCACGUUUCCGAACGGCAUCAAGCACCCGGACGACCUCGUCGGCGUCCUCUCCCUCAUCCUCUACACCCUCAUCCUCAUCCCCAUGGUCAAGUACGUCUUCAUCGUCCUCUACGCCAACGACAAUGGCGACGGUGGAACAUUCGCUCUGUACUCGCUGAUAUCGCGGCACGCGAAGAUCAGAAUGAUCCCGAACGACCAGACGGAGGACGCCAACGUGUCGAAUUACAGCAUCGAGGCGCCAAGCUCGCAGCUGAGGAGGGCUGAGUGGGUGAAGCAGAAGCUGGAGUCCAGCAACGCAGCCAAGAUAGCACUGUUCACCAUCACAAUCCUUGGCACCUCCAUGGUCAUGGGUGAUGGGACACUGACACCAGCAAUCUCUGUGCUGUCUGCGGUGAGUGGGAUCAGGGAGAAAGCACCAAACCUGACACAAUCGCAAGUGGUGUGGAUCUCGGUGGCCAUCCUGUUCGUGCUGUUCUCGAUGCAGCGGUUCGGGACCGACAAGGUCGGGUACACCUUCGCUCCGGUCAUCUCAGUGUGGUUCCUCCUGAUCGCGGGCAUCGGGAUGUACAACCUCACCGUGCACGAGAUCACCAUCCUCCGGGCCUUCAACCCCAAAUACAUUGUCGACUACUUCAGGAGAAACGGCAAGGAGGCCUGGGUCUCCCUUGGGGGCGUUGUCCUCUGCAUCACAGGCACGGAGGCCAUGUUUGCUGACCUCGGCCAUUUCAACAUCAGGGCAAUUCAGCUCAGCUUCACUUGCGUCCUCUUCCCCUCGGUCGCGCUGUGCUACAUGGGCCAGGCAGCCUACCUGCGCAAAUUCCCGGAGAAUGUCGGCGACACCUUCUACAGAUCCAUCCCAGCGCCGCUGUUCUGGCCGGUGUUCGUGGUGGCGAUCAUGGGGGCGAUCAUCGCGAGCCAGGCGAUGCUGUCGGGGGCGUUCGCCAUCCUGUCCAAGGCGCUGUCGCUGGGUUGCUUCCCGCGGGUUGAGGUGGUGCACACGUCGAACAAGUACGAGGGGCAGGUGUACAUCCCGGAGGUGAACUUCCUCAUCGGCGCCGCCAGCGUCGCCGUCACGCUGGCGUUCCAGACCACGGCGAACAUCGGCAACGCCUACGGCAUCUGCGUCGUCACGGUGUUCUCCAUCACCACCCACCUCAUGACGGUGGUGAUGCUGCUCAUCUGGAAGGUGAGGCUACCGUUCAUCGCCGCGUUCUACGCCGCCUUCGGCCUCGCCGAGUUCCUCUACCUCUCGUCGAUCCUCUCCAAGUUCGCCGAGGGCGGGUACCUCCCCUUCUGCUUCUCGCUGGUGCUCAUGGCGCUCAUGGCGACGUGGCACUACGUCCACGUGAAGCGGUACUGGUACGAGCUGGACCGCGUCGUGCCGGCGGCCGAGACGACGGCGCUGCUGGCGCGGCGCGACGUGCGGCGCGUCCCCGGCGUCGGCCUGCUCUACUCCGAGCUCGUGCAGGGGAUCCCGCCGGUGUUCCCGCGGCUCGUGGACAAGAUCCCCUCCGUGCACGCCGUGUUCGUGUUCAUGUCCAUCAAGCACCUCCCCGUCCCGCGGGUGGCGCCCGCGGAGCGGUUCAUCUUCCGCCGCGUCGUCGGCGCCGACGCCGGCGCCGGCCACCGCCUGUUCCGCUGCGUGGCGCGCUACGGCUACACCGACCAGCUCGAGGGCGCCAAGGAGUUCGCCGCGUUCCUCCUCGACCGCCUCAAGGUGUUCGUCCACGAGGAGUCCGUCUUCGCCUGCAGCCGCGGCGACAACGACGACGACGACGCGAUGCGGCGGGCGCAGGCGAUGGCGGAGGAGGAGAAGCGGGUGAUCGACGCGGAGGCGGAGCGCGGGGUGGUGUACCUGAUGGGGGAGGCGAACGUGACGGCGGCGGCGGGGUCGUCGGUGAUGAAGCGGAUCGUCGUCAACUACGUCUACACAUUACUGAGGAAAAACCUCAGGGAAGGGCACAAGGCGCUGUCCGUUCCCAAGGACCAGCUGCUCAAAGUUGGGAUCACCUAUGAGAUUUAGAGUUUGUCUUUUCUUUUCUUUUUUUUUCUUCUCACUUGUCUUAUUUUUAGGGCUUGUUAUAAUUUUCUAGUACACUUUGUUGAUAUAAUGAUGUAUAAAAUCUAGUACUACUACUUUAGCAAAUGAAGCACUAUUAGUAGUUA